CUUGCUCCGUUAGCUCGGCGUUCGCUUCGCUGGGUCUGCGCGAGAUCGAGCACGCGCUCCGAGAGAGAGCGUGUGUGUGUGUGUGUGUGUGUGAGAGAGAGAGAGAGCGAGAGAGAGAGCAACCAGCCCUGUAAUCAAGAAAGAAAGAGAGAACUUACGCAAGAAAGAAACAUUGUCAUUUUCUCACCUGGCAGCACGAUCAGGAUAAUCGCAUUGCAUCGGAGGACCACAUUACAACACCGGGCUUUGCCCGGCAGAAACAACAAACAGCCUUUUGGAACUCAGUGGAAACAAAACAAAAAACAAAACAAACAACAAAAAAAAUCUGGGGCGCACACUGACAAUAAACAACACACUCAUCGACAAGUGGACGGCUCUGCAGAUGGGAUAUGGCAAGGAACAGGGACGAAAGGAAAUAAGCGAGUGUUCUUUUUGCCCCUUGUGCAUUUAAACCUUGCGUUUACGGUAAUCUCCAUUUUCAUAAAACUUUAAGAUCAGAAGAAACAAUGAAGACUUGAAACUAUUCUCGUGUGACGUUUUGUUAGUUAGCUGGCUAAAAGCUAGCGGUUUUUUCUGUUUAGUGGAGUGUGUCCGGAGUAACGUUGGCUAGCUGUUAGCUAACGUGUUGUUUUGAAAGUUUGGCAUUUCUUUUCCCUAAAGAGUGAGAGUGUUACAGUUGGAGUUAAAGGGGAAGGAUUGCUUCUUGACUUCGCACCCUCUGCACGUUUUUUUGUAAAUGAUGGCCGCUGAGGUCAGCACCGAGGAGACGGGUUCGGUCUCAGCUGGGACGGGGGGUAUGAGCGGUGGAGGCCCCGACACGGCCCAUUUUUUAUAUUAUACCAAACCGAGGGUGCGGGUCAGCGAAUUGGGCUCAGGAGCAAAUCAAAUCCUCCGCCAGUCACCCAACAACUCUCCCGACUCUCUCCUUGAAAUGCCGAUGUACCCGGUCCCCGGAGGGGAUCUCUCAGGAUCAGUCUUGCCCGUCGCUGGGAGUGGCAGCGGUUGUGGACACAGCAUUGCCUUUGGGACAAGCUCAGGAGCCGACAUCGGAGGAUCCUAUUCCCCGAUUUCAGAGGGAUUGAAUAGCGAGAUGUCCUCGAUGGGUCUGGACGGGCCCGCUUACUUUCCACCGUUGCCACCCCCUCCUCCACCGCCAAACGCUUACGGGACUCUCGGCACAGUGGAUGAAAACGAUGUGUUGGAUGGACCAGAAUUCGAGGAAGAUGAGGUGACAUUUCGACUUACUGCCCCGCCCACGAACCAGUGGUAUCAUGGGAAGCUGGACCGGACCAUCGCGGAGGAGCGUCUGCGCCAGGCCAGGGCGGCAGGAAGUUACCUCAUCAGGGAGAGCGACCGCCGGCCCGGCUCUUUCGUCCUGUCCUUCCUCAGCAUGACCAACGUGGUCAACCACUUCAGGAUAAUCGCCAUGUGCGGCGACUAUUACAUCGGCGGGAGGCGGUUCUCCUCGCUGUCGGACCUGAUUGGCUACUACAGCUACGUGUCCUUUCUGCUGAAGGGAGAGAAGCUGCUGUCACCUGUGGCUCCACCUGAGCCCGUGGAGGACAGGAGGAGGGUGAGAGCCAUCCUCCCGUACACCAAAGUGCCAGAUACGGAUGAGAUCAGUUUCCUCAAAGGGGACAUGUUUAUCGUUCACAAUGAACUGGAGGACGGCUGGAUGUGGGUCUCCAACGUCCGCACGGAGGAGCAGGGCCUCAUCGUGGAGGACCUGGUGGAGGAGGUGGGACGAGAGGAGGAUCCACAUGAGGGCAAAGUCUGGUAUCACGGGAAGAUCAACAAGCAAGAGGCUUACAACCUGCUGAUGACAGUCGGUCAGGUAUGCAGCUUCCUGGUUAGGCCCUCGGACAACACCCCCGGGGACUACUCCCUGUUCUUCCGCACCAAUGAGAACAUCCAAAGGUUCAAAAUAUGCCCCACCCCCAACAACCAGUACAUGAUGGGUGGCAGGUACUACAACAGUGUUGAUGACAUAAUCGACCAUUACAAAACGGAGCAGAUUGUGGAGGGUUACACCCUAAAAGACGCAGUAUCGAUCCAGCAGCAGGAACAAGUCAUCACCGAUUUGGUAGACGGCAAAGAAAUUUACAACACUAUACGACGGAAGACAAAAGACGCAUUCUACAAAAAUAUUGUCAAGAAGGGCUAUCUCCUAUUUAACAAAGGCAAAGGGAAGCGAUGGAAGAGCCUUUACUUCAUCCUGGAAGGGAACGACGCGCAGCUCAUCUACUUCGAGAGCGAGAAGCGCGCCACCAAGCCCAAGGGUUUGAUAGACCUGAGCGUCUGCUUGGUGUACGGCGUACAUGACAGUCUGUUUGGCAGGCCAAACUGUUUCCAGAUUGUGGUGCAGCACUUCAGUGAAGAGCAGUACAUUUUCUACUUCGCAGGAGAGACGCCUGAACAGGCCCAGGACUGGAUGAAAUGCCUGCAAACAUUCUGCAGCAAUCUGAGGAAGCCGACGCCGCCAACCACAAACAAGAGACUUCGGCAGGUUAGCAGUUUACUCCUGUACGUGGAGGAGGCCCACAAGCUCCCGGUCAAACAUUUUAGCUACCCCUACUGCAACAUCUACCUGAACAGCGUGCAGGUAGCAAAGACACACCCUCGAGAGGGACAGAACCCUGUGUUCACAGAGAAGUUCAUCUUUGAUGAUCUGUCAAGUGAUAUCAACAGGUUUGAGAUCAGCUUGAGCAACAAGACAAAGAAGAGCAAAGAAAGCGAUAUCUUGUUCAUGCGAUGCCAGCUGAACCGCCUGCAGAGGGGCCAGCUGAUCGACGAGUGGUUCCCCCUCAGCUCCCACGUCCCCCUCAAGGGCAUCGAACCCGGGACCCUCCGGGUGCGGGCCCGCUACUCGGUGGAGAAGAUCAUGCCGGAGGAGGAGUACAGCGAGUUCAAGGAGCUCAUCCUGUUGAAGGAGUUCCAUGUGAUCUACGCACUGGCCCAUGUGUGUGGCCAGGACCGCACUCUGCUAGCCAGCAUUCUGCUGAGAAUAUUCCGGCACGAAAGGGUGGAGGCGCCCCUCCUCAGAACACUAAACGACCGGGAAAUUAACAUGGAAGACGAAGCGACGACGCUUUUCCGUGCCACCACGCUGGCUAGCACGCUCAUGGAGCAGUACAUGAAGGCCACGGCCACGCCCUUCGUCCACCACGCCCUGAAGGACACCAUCCUCAAGGUCAUGGAGAGCAAGCAGUCCUGUGAGUUGAAUCCCUCUAAACUGGAGAAGAAUGAGGAUGUGAACCUGAACCUCGCACAUCUCCUGAACAUCCUGUCAGAGCUCGUGGAGAAAAUCUUCAUGGCAGCUGAGAUCCUCCCACCGACUUUGAGGUUCAUUUACGGAUGUUUACAGAAAUCAGUAAAACAGAAAUGGCCUGCAAAUACCACAAUGAGGACGAGAGUUGUGAGUGGUUUUGUCUUCCUACGAUUGAUCUGCCCUGCAAUCCUCAACCCAAGACUGUUCAACAUCAUCGCCGACGCCCCCUCGUCAACGGCGAGCCGCACCCUCACGCUGGUUGCCAAGUCGGUCCAGAACCUGGCAAACCUGGUGGAGUUUGGCGCCAAGGAGCCCUACAUGGAAGGAGUCAACCCCUUCAUCAAAAACAACAAGCACCGCAUGAUCAUGUUCCUGGAUGAGCUGGGGAAUGUUCCGGAACUUCCCGACACUACAGAGCACUUCAGGACCGACCUGUCCCGUGACCUGGCCGCCCUGCACGAGAUCUGCGGGACGCAUUCGGACGAGCUCCGCACGCAGAGCAACGAGAGGGGAGCGCAGCAGCACGUGUUGAAGAAGCUCCUGGCGGUCUCGGAACUCCUGCAGCAGAAGCAGGCGCACUACGCCAAUUCCAACAGCAGCAGGUAGUGAGCCCCCCCGGCACCGGGAGCCGCACAUCGGACCGUAGCAUGCUCCGCCUCCAUCACCAUGGCAACCCCGCGCCAGCCCCUCCCCCACCUCCCACCUCCAUCUCGUCCAAGUACGCCUCCCACCGCAUCCCACCCCUUCAUCGCCACGGUUAGCUAUGCAACGGCUGCAAAAAGCGAAAAGGACAACCCGGAACUGCCUCCCUGCACCAGAGACUGUUAAGACUGCACAGGAAGUGCUUGCUUAUUGGUGCACACACAGUUCUUUGAUCUGGGAUACACUAGCCCCCCCCUACCCAAAAUGUGGGAGGAAGGGGGCAGCUUGGUUCACCUAGUACUUGAGUGUUUUCAGCACAUGUUGCCAAAGCAUACUCUUAAAAGCAAAAAAAAAAAGCAGUAAAAGCAAAACGGUGAACUCAAGGUGAGGAAGGUCAGCUGACAGGAAGUUGGGACCUUCAUCUUGCAAAUGUUUGCUUUGACACUUUUUAUACUGUAAUCUGUGAUGGAUUUGUUUCCAAAAAUGUCAGCCUAUUUGAAAGUGCUGAAAGAGUACUGUCAUUUCCCCAGUUGUUGUACCUUAUUAUUUUGUCUUGAGCUCUAAAUAUGAAAGAGUUAUUUCAAAGAAAAAAUAAAUAAAACUUGUUUUAUAUCAAAAAAAAUAAAUUCUCUUGCUGGAAUCGUGAGUAAAGAAAUGGAGAUAAUUCCCACCCCAGCCUUAAUUGUAAUUGCUUUUGCCCCUGAUUGCUUGGCUCAGACUUCCUUGAAACGUCUCAGUAUUUCACAAAACACAUAAUUGGAGAAAAAAACCUUUAAAUGUUUACAGCUGUACAUUCUAAAUAGUGCGAAUUGUAUCAGCACUGCUGCAUGCACUAUUAAACCCUUUUUGUAAAAUA